AUGGAUAUGACUACAAAAAACUGUGAGCGGACACAUCCUGAACAAAAUGUUGAUGAAGAUACUGAUAAUAUCAAUGAGGUUUUUCUGCCUGCCUCAAAACCCAAUAGGAAACGUGCUCUUAAUAUUGUUACUAGUGACUCUGAAAGUAGUGAUGAUGAUAUUCCGAUUGCAAAACUCAAGGAAAUGCAUUUUAAGGAAGUUAUACGUGACAAAGUAGGAUCUGAUCUCAAUGACAGCUCAGUGACUGCUACUGCUUCUGAGGUUGACAAUGCCAUGGGUACUGUCAGUUCUCCCAGGCGGCAUCUUGUUAGCUUGAGGAAAUGGGGGCAAAAAGGCAGUGCACGAGAAGACUAUUCAACUCAGACUAGUGAAACUAAAUAUGAUCAAGAAAAUCUGGCAAAUGAGGAUGUUGAAGAUGAUGACUUGGAAGAGGUUGGGUCGGAAGGUGAAGGUGAAAGCUUGGGUGGAUUUAUUGUUCAAGAUGAUUCUGAUGUUUCUGAUGCUCAUGAUGCUUCUACAAAGUCAGAAGGUUCCUCAGAUGACGAUGUGGACUUUGAUAAGAUUCUAUCAAAAUUUCAGAGGAACAAAGAUCAGAAAUCGAAGUGGGAAUUUGAGGCAGACAUGCUUUCUGCAUUUGGUAAGGAUCCGGAGCUGUGCAUGAAAGCUGUAUGUGCUCUUUAUCGACAGCAGACUUCUGAAGAACAAUAUAGCAAGGAAUCAUUAUGCACCAAUGGUCGUGGUUUUAGCAAGUUCGAUGCUUUCAAGGGAUCUUUAUUGGCCGAGUUUCUCACCAACGGAGACCCGAACGAAGAUCUCAAUAGAACUGUGGAGGAGUUGCAGGCAUAUGACGCGAACGGCAUUGAAACGUGUAGAACAUUGGCGAAUCGUUACUCUAAGCAACUGUUCGAAAUCUACAAGAACGAAGAGGAUCCUCUCUUUCUACCAUUUUGAUGGGGGAUAUUACUAGUCCAGAUCCUCUGCCAGAAGUGCUUCCAGAGACCAACCAGAGGGUUUCCAAAUGCUUGUAAACAUCUAGGUCCUUUUGGUUUCAAUUGAUAAUGGCGGUUGUAUUUGUAUAUAACAUCUAAUUAGGAAUGUCUGAAAAAAUUAGGUCACUUAACGUUAUUAACGUCGGGUGUUUUGUGUCCA